AUGGAGGAGACAGUCGUGCGGCCCUCUGUAUUUGUGGUGGAUGGACAAACAGACAUCCCAUUCAGGAGGCUGGGGCCGAGCCACAGGAGGCAGUGCUGCAGCCCUGCGCGGCUCAGCCUGGCUCUCCUGCUGCUGCUGCUGGGUGCCGCGCUGGCCGUCCAGGGCUGGUUCCUGCUGCAGCUUCACUGGCGCCUGGGGGAAGUGGUCACCCGCCUGCCGGACCCAGACGCAGGCUCCAGGGAGAAGCUGAGGCAAGAGCAGAGAUCCCCCCAGGCCAACCCAGCAGCUCACCUCACAGGGGCCAAUGCCAGCUUGACGGGCAGUGGGGGCCCGCUGCUGUGGGAGACGCAGCUGGGCCUGGCCUUCCUGAGGGGCCUCAACUACAGCAACGGGGCCCUGGUGACCACCGAGGCUGGCUACUACUAUGUCUACUCCAAAGUGCAGCUGGGUGGCAUCGGCUGUCCCCAGGGGCCCACUGGUGGCCUUCCCAUCACCCACGGACUCUACAAACGCACCCCUCGCUACCCCAAGGAGCUGGAGCUGCUGGUCAGCAGGCGGUCACCCUGUGGGCGGGCCAACAGCUUCCGCCUCUGGUGGGACAGCAGCUUCCUGGGUGGCGUGGUGCACCUGGACGCCGGGGAGGAGGUGGUGGUCCGAGUGCCCGACGAGCGCCUGAUCCGGCUCCGUGAUGGCACCCGCUCSUAUUUCGGAGCCUUCAUGGUGUGA